UUAUAAUUGGACUUGAGAAGAGAAAUUAGGACUGUCCAGUCUUACCCCCAAAGAAAGAGGGGAGAGAGAGAGAGAGAGAGAGAGAGAGAGAGAGGCUCUCUCCUGAUACAACACCAAACUACCUGAUCCUGUAGCAAACGAUGCAACACAGCACCACCAGCAACGGCGGCGGCGGAGGUGGGAACAGAGGCGGUGAAGCUCACAGGGGACUCGCUCGAUUCCGCUCAGCCCCAGCCAGCUGGCUCGAAGCUCUGCUCGAAUCAGAAGAAGACGAAGACGGCAACGAUCAGCUCCUCAACUCGACAACUCAGUUCCAAACCCAGCUAAAGCCGCCAACUGCUCAGUUCCCUCCGACCAGCUACGCCGAUCCGGCGUCAUUCGACGCCGGAGGCGGGCCCGCCUUUCUCCGGCACAACAGCACCCCGGCGGAUUUCCUCGCGCAGAUCAGUGCGGGGCCCGAUGGUUACUUCUCGAGCUUCGGAAUUCCUGCCGGUUACGAUUACACGGCGUCGUCCGUGGAUGUUUCUCCGUCCAGUAAGCGGCACAAGGAAGCAGACAUGUCGGCGAAAUUUUUGCCGCAAUUGAAAGCAGAGCCAAGUGGGAUGAGUGGUUUGUUGGACGUCGAGAUGGAGAAGCUUUUGGAGGACUCAGUUCCUUGUAGGGUUCGGGCAAAGCGUGGAUGUGCUACCCAUCCUCGCAGCAUAGCUGAAAGGGUUCGGAGGACUCGAAUUAGUGACCGAAUAAGAAAGCUUCAGGAACUUGUGCCCAAUAUGGAUAAACAAACUAAUACUGCUGAUAUGUUAGAAGAGGCAGUUGAGUAUGUCAAGCUUCUGCAGAAAAAGAUUCAGGAUCUCAAGGAGCUUCAGAAGAACUGCACAUGCGCAAAUACCGAGUAAUGGGAGAACAUAUGGAGUUUGUAUGCUAGUGUGUUCUACAAUGGGUUUUGUAGGCCUGAAUGGCUCCUCUGCCAUAUUUUCCCUUCACAUAUGGUAUUGUCCAUCUUCCAUGCUGAAUUGUUCUGGAUCUGUAGAUAGUGGUGGCCGAAGGGCACAUCCGCACAGUACCGGAGCAUCCAUGGUCAAGGGUAUCAGCUUCAACUUGGGAAAAAUAUCUAUCUGGGGUUCUAUUGUUAUGGCUGAAGUUGUAGUUGUAAAAUGUUGUACACAUCAGUAUCUCUUUAACAUAUCGCUAACUAGAAUCUGUAGGGAUUGUAGUAUUUAUGUUCCAUAUCCACGUGCAGUUCUGUAUUUGGAAAUUUAGAUGCCAUAAAGCUUGCUGUUCUCGACGAGCUAUUCAGUAAUAAAAUCAUUUUCUGUUCCAA